AUGGACCUUCAAAAUGCGAGGGCAUCCCAUAAAGCCAGCAGCGCCGCCGCGCGCGCGGUGGCCGUCAGGGGCCUCCCCCUCGGCACCAUGACCACCCCCGCCUUCGCCCCGGCCUCACCCCGCGCCGCCGCCGCCGCUACUGCUACUGCUGCUACUGCUGCUACUGCUGCUUUUGCUGCUGCUACUGCUCCUUCUCCUGCUGCUCCCGCCGCUGCUGCUGAGGAGGGUGCCGCUGCCGCUGCCGCUACUGCUACUGCUACUGCUACUGCUACUGCUGCUCCCGCCACCGCCGCCGAGGCCGAGGAUGAGGACGAGGACGAGGCCGCCUAG